GCGGUGGCACAAACAGGGUUGACAACAUUGUGAUUAACAAAAUACAUGAAGUCGUGGAAACUGGUGAAAGGCGGCCCAGAGAAGUUGGAGCGAGGGUAGAGGAAUUCAUGAAGGAGUUUAUGCCAUCAGAACCAAAUUCAACGAAUCGGCAGUUCAGUCCAACCAAGAAGGAUUUAUACAACCACAUUCACACAGCUGUACGAAACAACAGAAAUUCCGAAGAGGAACAAGGAGUCAUCUCAGACUUACUGGAAAAACUGAAAAGAGAUGAGACAGACUCACGUUUAGACAGCUGCUGGUUUCGACCAAGAAAAAGAUAUUUGUGUAUAAAGAUAUCUUGCCAUUUCAGCGACACCUCAGGUGACACCUUCUUACUUGUCAUGUCAACACACUGGCAAAGGACUAUGCUUGAAAAGUUUGGCAGUGCUGUUUUACUGGAUGCGACAUACAACACUAACAAGUACAACCUACCUCUGUAUCAACUGGCAGUACGGACAGAUUCAGUGUAUGUUCCAGUAGGUUUCAUCAUAACAGAAGACCAGACCACUGAUAGUCUACAGGAGGGCAUGGAGAAGUUUGCUUCCUUACAUAAGGAGUGGAAGCCAGAAAUAUUUAUAAUUGAUGAUGACCAGAGGGAAAAAAAUGUCAUCCAAAAGAUUUUUCCAGGUACAUGUAGUUAUUGUGUCAAAUUGUCCACCUACAUCAUCACUCAUGCAUGCACACGCACACACUACCUAUUUGAAAUUUUGAAGCUUUUACAUUUCUUUAAUCGUGGCUUUUACUGGUAGCACUGACACUAUUUCUUAUACCAGAUUUCAACCACUUAUGAAAUACUAGCAAAUGCUUAUUGUUAAAGAAUGUAUUCA